AUGGCGGCCGCGGUUCCUCCCAUAGAGGUGCCGCAGGCCGACGCGAACAAUUCGGCGCCAGGGUCAGCGGCGAGAGGUGGCACAACUCGAUCCUUCUCAAGCACACGACCACCUCCACAACAGUAUUAUCUCGACGAAACACCACGAUAUAAGAGUCUGGGCUUCCAAGGCUUGCUGAACCUAGCGCACAAGGCGAAUCCGGUGUUAUGAUGAAAAAUGUCUUUUCUAUUGUCUAAGUGUCUUUUUCUAUUGACAGAAGUAGGUGGAUGAAGGAACCCUACUUACUUAGGGGUUCCUUCAUCUCCAGCAGCAUUCAUUUUAGCUUCUUCUAAGACCCCUGAUAGACACAGCAGCAGGCGUGGACGACUAUGAGACUCUCCUUACUGGAAGCAAGCAUUUGAGCCCCAAAGAUUCCACAGUAGAUGGCGCAGCAGGAUUUUCAGGGAGUGUGGGUACUCGUUCAUGAGAUUCUUGCUCCCAGUUAUGUUAUGUAGUCGUUCUUCUUCUGUGAGGAGUUGUUCAACUUCGUUCAUCAGUUUAUGUCCGUCGUGAGAUUUUUUAGGAUAUUUAUUAAUGCCACGUCCUCAAUUAAUAAACUGACUCGCUUAAUCAUAUUUAUAUUUACCGCAUGAUAAACAUAAAUGUAAAUCAUGAUCCUCACAAGUAGAAUCUUCAGGCGACUUCCGUUCCGUUUCGACAAUGGGUGGAUCACCAAAGGGCGGAAAGAAACGAAGGCAUCACACGAGUGCAGGUUCACAGAGCGUAGACGUAGCGAAAUUGGAAAGGCAGUUGUCGGUGGCAGACCAGAAGACAAAGCAACAGGAGAAGAGAUAUAAAUUAUGGCGGCAUAAGCACAAGAAGUGGUGAGAAGAAGAAAGGAGAAAAUGAAAAAUUAGACUUAUUGAUACUCGCUUCGCGAUGACUAGUUGUAGUUGUGUAGUCAUCACCUAUCACAAUCGCCCCCGCACCUCGAAUGAUGUGUCGAACUCGUCGGAAGUAGCUUUUUUAGAAUCACUGACUGGUGGUUCACAGUCAAUACAGAAUUUUGAUUUUUCCCCCUUCUAAGGACCGAAGAAAAGAAGCGUGCUAGUGCGCUAGACAAGGAAAUGGCGAAACUCAGGGAGCGAGCGCACGAGCUACAACAGCAGCUAACAAACACAGACCUGGAUUUAUCCAGUUUGAGGAAAGAAAGUUACGGUGCAGCAGCACUAGGAUGUUAAAGUCCAGUACGUCGGUCCUCCUUGGUCGUGGUGUCUACGUCUACUUUCUAUUUCUCUCCAGCAGGGAGGGGUUGGAAAUCUUCUCUCCAGGGUGGUGUCUACUUUCUCUCCACCAGGGACGUCGAGGAGGUAACUACAGAUCAUCAUUUACAUCCUCUAAUCGGAAGAGCUCGAUCGGCGUGCGUUCGAGGCCGACUGCAAGAAGAAGGAAGCCUUUCUGAAGAAACUCCUGCUGGCAAAGAAGGACCUCUUGGAAGAAAACUUCAAGAUAAGACCCAGAACUGCAUCCAUGAAAGCACCAGGCGGCAUUUUUCUAGAAGAGCAAAUGCUGGAGAGGAGACCACUCAGUGCUAGUGCAACACAACUUUCGAAAGAAACACCGGCGAGCUCCUCUACACACCAAAAAACCGAAAUCGAAGAAGAACUAGACUUUCUCGGCUUACAGCCAGCAGCUGGUAAAAGUGGAGCGAAACAAGGUGUAUCAUCUGGAGCGAAACAACAAAAAGGAGGAGGUGGAGAGCCAGAAACGCCAGCGCCAGAUCCACUAGUAGUCAGUGCUGAUGUCCUGAGAAAAAGCCUGGGAUCGAAUUUAUGACUGGAGGGAAAUUUUCAGAUUCUAGUGUAGGUUAAGCAUAUGCUGACCUGCUCACGAUUUGCAGUGAAGUAUCGUCUUAGUUCGUGAAUUAUGAUGGUUCCAAUUCUUGGAAUAUCUAUGUUGGCCCAUUCAUUGUUUGAAGCAGAUAUUUGAGUCUAAAUAUCAAAGAUUCGCAUAGCUCUGUCUGCAAUUGAAUUCUUAUUUUGGAGGAUAAAAUCAGAAAUUUUUAGCAAAUAUUGCUUUUCAAAUUUUUGAAGCUUAAGCCUUAGACUUUGAUAACUUUGAUAUUGGUCAAAGUCUCACAAUGACGCUAAUUUUUGAGGCAUAUGGGCCUAAACAUUGAUAAAUAACAAGAUUUCUAGCAUACAUCGGUAAAAUUCAACAAAUUGCUUGAAUCGGGUGAAAAAGCAUCGCCAGAAAAUGAAUUUAGAUUAAUUUGGAAUAAAAUCAAAAUUUCUUGGAUAUGACAGAAGAAAUGGAAUUCUAAAAUCAGACUCCACCUCCUGCUGCUCUUAUUUCCUUCCUCUAACUUCCCUCCCAAGCGUCCUGAAGAGCGUAAACUUGAGUUGGUGCGAUACCAUUGUUGCGCCACUAUUGAGUCGGGAGCACGCGGAGAUUCUACUCGAGGAAUUCAAAAGGAUAGACCAGCGGUUUUUCACAGCCAGCGUAGAUCGGAGGGAAAUCGCCAGAAUGCAGGCUGAAGUGGUGGACCUGUCUGAGAAAAUAUCAUCGAUAACGGCGGACAAUGAGAAGGCGAAGGACGCUACUAGCCGUUUGUCCAUAGUGAAGAAGAAGCUGGAGGAUGGCUUGAAGAGGAGUAAAUCGGUAUAAAGAAUUUCGAUUCAUCUCGUAUUACUUCUUGUGGUUUUCCUGUAGUUCUGCGAUUUAAAAAUUUUCAUUUGAUCUUCGAUGGAAUGCGAUAAAAAUGCAUGCACUGUUGGACCUGCUAUCAAUGUCGCACUCUCUACCCAACAUCAGGUCGCUUCCAAAAUGGCUGAGCGCAAUGGUCUCGAGGAGGAGCAGAACCAGAGGGUGCGUGAUCUAGUCCGCAAGCACGAAUCUCGGAUUGAGCAAUUGAUUAUGGCCCCACAUAUUUGAAUGUGGAAAUAGAUGUAUCCUAUAAUUCUACGAAGGGCCAGGAGGAAGCACCAUUUCGCCAACAGCCGCGGUCACUGUUACUGCUACCAGAAGUGGUCUGUUAUACUUUCCCUCCUUCCCCUGAUUGAUUAUCUCCAGUACCUCAUUUUUGCAACUUCUAACCUCCUGGACCAGCUGAAAACCGAGACCAAGUCCCGCGACGUGCAGAUCAAGGAACUUCAAACCGAGAAUUCAAGUCUGCGCAAAAAGGUCAUGGAACUCGAGCAGACUGUCCGGGACGCCACUGCCCAGUCUAAGACGCUGGAGAAGGAAGUCGAGUCCGGACGUGUGGAAGUCUCCCUAUUGGAGGAGUGGAGGACCAGGAGUGGACAAUACUUCCGGGAGAAAUACGACUACGAGUCUACGCGAAUUUCUGCCUUGCAGAACACGAACAAGAAACUGCAGACGCAGAUGGCGUCAGCGACGGCUGGGUUCGACCGAUACUGCGAGAGGAAAGCGAGGAUAAUGUAGUAGUGGAGGCCAUCGUAACUUCUAGUUGCAGCUAAAAAACGUAGUUGUGCUCGUGUCCGAGAAGUACUAGUGGAAGUUUCUGCGAAUAGGAAGAUCAUUGAGCAGCUUGCUCUGCUGCUUGUUAUAAUGAAGGUGAAAGUAAAUUUAGCAUCGACGACAGAUAUAACGAAAUAAACGAUUCGAGAAAGAUCACGACGAAGAAAUCUAACGAAAACUAACACAAACACGAGGACUAAUAUCGAUAUUUAUUAGACUUACUAACUUUUCUCUUUUUUAUCGCAAUGAACCCAAAAACCGUAUAGGAGAAGAAAUCGCUAUCUACGUACUAGGAGUUGUAGUUCAAACAUGUGCAAUAGUUUUGUGACUAAAAUUUCCAUGCAUUCUAUCGUUGUAAAGAAGAAAGGGUCAUGUUGAUGUACAAUACAAUUGUCGUGAAGUAAGAAUGUGGCUUCUAGAAAUUAAAUGGAAUCACUCUGCUUGAACAGAUACCUAUCACGAGCGAGAGACUUGUUUUUACCAACAAGAACAUUUAACGUCCUUGACGGUGGAGAAUUUUGAUAUUCAUGCACAAGAGAACAUAAAAUGCCGAGAAAUGUCUACGAUCAGAGCAAAUUGAGAAGUGCGCAUCAAAAAGAAAGUGCCGGUUCAUGUUGCAGGUGAUGAGUGACAACGGAGUAGAUGUUGUAGCGCGAUCAAGCUCCGGUUCCUCUGAGGGAUCACUCUGAUAUUAGAUACUAAAAAGGUCGUCAUGGAAGGACAGGGACGCUGCCCUUUGGGUUACACUGAAG